UUCAUUAGUUUGGCGACAGAACACGAGACUAUUUUACAUAUUCUCGAAAAUAAAAAAUCUUACAAUUUUGAUUUUGUAAAAGUACUGAAAAGUAGUUUAUUUAUAUUAUUAUUUAUAUUUAGGUUUUUUCAAUUUUAUUUUCUUUUAACGGUGGUUGAUAAAAGAUAAAAUAGACAAAAUGAUUCGUGCAACGGGAAAACUUGCCAGCCGUGCUCUGAAAUUCAAAAUGCCAGUGGUUAAAAGGAAUUACUCACAGAUGAUCAACCAAAUGUUGCAGAUUCAACAAAUGGAAAUAUGCGCAGAUCCUCCCUCGCGUGGUCUCAUCAUUGGUGUCUAUGCGGACGAGGAGGACAAGAAUGAUGCUGGAAUUCUCACCCAGGCGGGCUGGCGAUACAAUGUCCAGAAGACACAUGGACGACUCCUCGAAGUGCUGCGUAUGUCAGGUCCCAUGCCAAAGCGAGGUGAAACGCGAAUGCUCUUCGCUAUUGAGCCAGAACGUGUGCCCUAUUAUUCAGCUGUGGCUGUAGUGGGAUUGGGCAAGGAAUGUCUGGGCUACAAUCCUUAUGAGGUACUCGAUGAGCAGAAAGAAGCAAUCCGUCGUUCGGUGGCCAAUGCUUGCCGUAUCUUGGCCGAACUGGACACGGAUCGAAUCGAAGUCGAGAACUGUGGCCAUGCCGAGUCUGCUGCUGAGGGUGCUGCCUUGGGUAUCUGGGUGUAUCAGGAAUUACGCGAUCCCAAGAAGCGUAUGGCUGUGCCUUCCAUUGAUUUGUAUGCAACCAAGGACGAGGUUUGCGACAUUGAAGGUUGGCGAAUUGGGUUGCAGAAAGCGGCUGCUCAGAAUCUCACCAGACAACUGCAGGAGAUGCCCUCCAACUUGCUGACGCCCACAGCAUUUGCGCAAAAUGUGGUCGAGGUGCUUUGCAAGUCAGGCGUCAACGUCGAAGUUAAGGUGGAGGGAUGGGCUGAGAGUCAGUCUAUGCACGCCUUCCUGGCGGUAGGCAAGGCUUCCUGUGAACCUCCCAUCUUCCUGGAGCUGAGCUAUUAUGGAACUUGUGCUGAGGAGCGACCUAUCGUGUUGGUGGGCCAGGGUGUGACCUUUGAUGCUGGUGGCUUGUGCCUUAAGGAGCGUGACGAGCUUUUCCAUAUGCGUGGCGACAUGACUGGAGCUGCAGUUGUGGUAGCUACAUGCAGAGCUGUUGCUGGUCUGAGAUUACCCGUAAACAUUCGUGGUCUUAUUCCCCUUUGCGAGAAUGUGGUGGGAUGCAACUCUUUCCGUCCUGGUGACAUGGUUAAGUCGAUGAAUGGAAAGACCAUCGAAGUACAAUGUACAGAUCAUGAGGAUGUGCUUGUCUUGGCCGAUGCUUUGUUGUACGGUCAGAACUUCUGUCCCAAGUGCAUCAUUGAUAUUGGUACCUGCUCGGGCUACAUGCGACAGGCCUUGGACGAAGCAGCUUGUGGCGUCUUUACCAAUUCAGAAAUUCUUUGGCAGCAGAUCAAGCAUGCUAGCAUGCAUACUGGAGAUCGUGUGUGGCGUUUCCCUCUGUGGAAUUACUAUAGCAAGGCAGUUCGCGCUGGAGGCCGUUCUGAUGUCCAGAACUACGGCAUUGGACGUGGUGGACGUCCCUGCAAGGCUGCUGCAUUCCUCCGCGAGUUCGUGCCCUGUGGACAAUGGAUGCAUAUAGAUGCAACCAACGUAAUGGUCACAGAAGGCAAGGAGUACGAGUAUUUGAGACGAGGCAUGGCUGGUCGACCGACUCGCACUUUAAUAGAAUUUAUCGCCCAGACUAUUUGCAAGGAUACUGCACCCAAGAUGGGAAAGUAAAUUAGGAACUAUACAGAAUGUUCUGUUAGGACGAUGCUACUUAUUGUGCACAAGAUUUAAUUUAAGUUGACAUGAUUUUAUGACCUAGAUAACUGAUACGUAUACGUUAAAAAUUCAUUGGUUUAUUGACGAAAAACAUUUGUAAAAUUAAAAGUUAUCAAAAGCAUAUGUAUGUAUAAAUAUAGAAUAGUUUAUAAGAGUUUA